CGCGACACUGUCAUGAUUUACUCGCUUGCGAAUCUUUUGGGCAUUGUAAUUAUUGGCGGUGCGACCAUUUUUUUAAUACCAUCACACCAACCACCUCCGCAACCCCACGAUGUCUACUGGGGACCCGGCGAACAACCGAAAACUCUCGAUCAGAGUAUUAGACCUUUCAAGAUUAGCUUCUCGAAGGAGAUGAUCGAUGACUUGCGAUUCCGAUUGAAAAACACGCGCAAGCUACAAUCGUCCCUGGAAAACGUAGCCUGGACUUACGGUAUAAGAAGUGACUACGUGCCUAAAGUGGUCGAUCAUUGGCUCAACAAGUAUGACUUCAAGAAGCGCGAGGCACAUCUCAAUCAAUAUCCACAGUUCAUCACCAACGUUCAAGGACUGGACAUUCACUACAUUCAUGUGAAGCCGCAACUACCUAAAGACCACAAGCUCAAAAUUUUACCAUUGUAUCUUCAGCACGGCUGGCCAGGCUCGGUGGUUGAAUUCUAUAAGAUAAUUCCGAUGUUGACGACACCGAGACCCAAUUACGACUUUGUAUUCGAAGUUGUAAUACCUUCGCUGCCCGGCUUCGGUUACUCUGAUGCUGCCGCUAAAGCUGGUCUAGGUACCGUCGAAAUAGCUCUCGUAAUGAAGAAUCUCAUGUUAAGACUCGGCUUUGACAAGUGGUACACGCAAGGCGGUGAUUGGGGUGCCAGUAUCACCUCUAAUAUGGCUUCGAUGUAUCCUCAACAUGUGCUGGGGAUGCACUCGAAUAUGUGCGUAGUUUUUCGCGUCUGGACCUGGAUAAAGAUGGGCUUUUAUAGCCUUUGGCCGUUAUUCAUACCUGAGGACGAAGUACCGCUGAUGUUCCCCCUACUCAAACAUUUCUACAGAGGCCUCGAAGAGACCGGUUACCUACACGAGCAGGCCACCAAACCUGACACACUUGGUGUUGGAAUGAGCGACUCGCCAGCUGGAUUAGCAGCCUACAUUUUGGACAAAUUUUCUACAGCAACAAAUUUAGCAUAUAAGCUACGAGAUGAUGGUGGCCUGCUAGAAAAAUUCACGAUGGAAGAAUUGAUCGACAAUUUGAUGUACUAUUGGGUACCCAAUAAAUCCACCAGUGCAUUCCGCAUUUACGCCGAGACUUUCAAUAAGCGAUUUUUGAAUUAUAUAAUGACCAGUGUGCCGAUUACAGUUCCAAGUGCCUGCGCACAGUUUCCACACGAAAUAAUAUUUCAAUCGGAAUUAUUUUUGCGGGAUCAUUUUAUCAACUUGGUGCACAGGAAGAAAAUGCCAAAGGGUGGUCACUUUGCUGCUCUGGAAGAGCCGCAAUUAUUAGCCGAUGACAUCUUUGAGGCUGUUAAAAAGAUGAGAGAGUUCGACGCUACUAAUAAAAAAAAAAAAAUUUGAAAAGUACAAGUCAUGAAGAUACGAUUAAUUAAAUCAUUAAUUUUAGUGAUUACACGGGUGCUGUUUUGCGACUCUUUUAUUAUGUGCUUUUUAAAACUAACAAAAAAUCAACACUGUGUAAAGACAAGUUUUGUCAUUGGUUUUUUUUAGUUUCAAGUUGUUUAAUACGUAUAAAAAUAUUUCUUUGUAUAAAUGAAUUUUGUAAUAAUGUGAACAAACAUUUAUAUAAGUUAUUUCGUAAAAUCAAUUUUUAAGUAAUUAGUAAAUUGUUUAGAUAUUAUUGUGCUAUU